AUGCAAAUAAAACUUCUAAGAAGUUUGAUCAUAAGCAUAUACUUUAUCUAUUUCAAAAAUCAUGGUAAAACAAAAUUGAACGAAAGAAGAUAUACUCUCGUAAGAGUAUAUUAUUUUUUCAUAGAUAAAGAAAAAUUUCAUAAAAACAAAAAAAAAAAAUUAUGGUUUUAUACAAAGGGUAAAAGGGAUUUAUUAUAUGGUUUUAAUAACAAUAGUGUGAAUUACAAGAAUACAAUAAGAAUAAAUGGGAAAAAAAGAAAAAAAGAAAAAAGAGGAAACAAAGAAAGGAGAGAAAGCAAAGAAAGCAAUAUGACCAUGUUAAUAGAAAAUAAUGUCGAUGAAGUGUUACGCCCAUGUGAGAAUGUAUUUAAAUUUGAAAACAUAAGUACAUGUUUAAAUGAUGCCUAUCGAAAAGGUAGAAGUGAGGCAAUACCUUUUAUACAAGUAGCUCCUAUGAUUAAUGUAACGAAUAGACAUUUUCGAGCAUUGGUAAGAAUUAUAACGAAAAAAGCACAACUAUGGACAGAAAUGAUAGUUGACAAUACGUUAUUGUAUAACUUAAAUAAAUUAGACGAAUAUUUAGGUUUUAACAAAAAUGAGCAUCCAAUAGUUUGUCAAUUAGGAGGAUGUGAUGCAAUAUCGUUAUCUGAAGCAGCUAUUUUAGUAGAACAAGCAGGAUAUGAUGAAAUAAAUUUAAAUGUUGGAUGUCCAAGUACAAAAGUAGCUAAUAGAGGAGCUUUUGGUGCAUAUUUAAUGAAAAAACCUGAACAUGUUAGAAAUAUUGUAUAUGAAAUAAAAAAAAAAGUACAAAUUCCUGUAUCAGUUAAAAUAAGAACAGGUGUUGAUGAAUAUGAUUCUUUUUCUUUUUUAAAAUCAUUUAUUGAAACCGUAUCAUCAGCAGGAUGCAAUCAUUUUAUUGUCCAUGCAAGAAAAGCAUGGUUAAAAGGUUUAGACCCAAAACAAAAUAGAAGUGUACCCCCAUUAGAAUAUAAGAAAGUAUAUGAUUUGUGUAAAUUUUAUCCUAAUAUAAAAUUUACAUUAAAUGGAGGUGUAAAGUCUAUACAAGAAGCAGUAGCUUUAUUAAAUGGCUACAUCCCACAGAGUAACAAAUUAAAUGGUGCUAAUAAUGGUAACAAUAAAAAUAAUAAUAAUGAUACUACUACAAGUACAUUUUCCACAACAACUACCACGCCCACUACCACGACCACUACCACUACUACUGAUAGUACUACUUCUACUAAUAAUAAUAAUUGUUAUGAUAAUAAUAAUGAUAAUUACGAGUUAGUUGAAAAUUAUCAUAUAAAUCCGUUAUAUGGCGUUAUGAUAGGUAGAGCAUGUAUGGAAAACAUCACUAUUCUAUCACAAGCAGAUACGUUGGUUUAUAAUGAAAAGGCUCCAAGUAGUGCAUAUAGUAGGAGAUCAGUAUUAGAAGCAUAUAAAGUGUAUUUAGAACAGAAUUCCAUUUUUUAUAAUUUACCAAGUGCGUUUGAAUUAUUGAAACCUAUUUUAGGAAUACUUAAAGGGAUGCCAGGUCAUAGAAUAUUUAGAAACAAAUUAGAUGUAUAUAUUAGAAAUUACGCAUCAACUAUGCAGUGUUCUGAAAUUUUAGAAAAAGCUAUCAUAGAUGUUGAUAGUGUUGCUCCUGGUUGUUUAGACUUACCCUUGAAUGAUUAUAAAAUGCAGCGGGAAUACGUAAAAAAUUUUUAA